AUGAAACUCCUUGUGCUGGCUGCUCUGCUUGCGGUGGGAGCUGCCAACAGUGGCGUCGGCCUGCGAGCCGUGUGGCAGUUCGGCUACAUGAUCAAGUGCAAGAUCCCCGAUAGUAACCCCUUGAAGGAUUACAACAACUACGGCUGCUACUGUGGCUUGGGUGGCUCAGGCACCCCUGUGGAUGAAUUGGACACGGUCCGCUUUGGCUCAGUCCUCUUCUUUUAUCCCACUCCAGGCAACAACGAAGAGUGUGAGGCCUUCAUCUGCAACUGCGACCUCAAUGCUGCCACCUGUUUUUCAAAGGUUCCCUACAACGCGGAGAACAAGAACCUGGACACCAAGAAGUAUUGUCAGGACUGA